UCAACUAAAAAACACUGGUCGGUGCUUCUCAUCCUUAUCCUCUCAUCUUCCCCCAACACACACUUUCACCAUUGUUUAGUAAACGUUUCUUUCUCACCUCUCUCUCUCUCUCUCUCUCUCUCUCUCUCUCUCUCUUUUAAUCGUAUAAAAACCCUCUCAUAAUUUCCCCUUUUAAAAAAGUGUUUUACAAAUACGAAACUUGGUUUUGCGGAAAAACAAAGUAACACCACCCACAACACAGCAUCCGAUAUUACACACAUAUUCUUCUUCUUCUUCUUCUUCUCUCUCUCUCUCUCUAAAUAUUUUUCUCUCUCUUCAGCGAAUUCGUUUUUCUCUUCAAGCUUCGGCUAUGGCGUCUGGAUCCUCGGGUCGCGGAAACUCUGCCUCCAAAGGCUUCGAUUUCGCUUCCGAUGACAUCCUCUGCUCCUACGACGACUACGCCAACCGCGAUUCCACUUCCAACGGCAAUCACACCGAUCCGGAUUUUCACAAAUCAAGGAUGGCAAGAACAUCAAUGUUUCCUACUACUGCUUAUAAUCCACCUGAAGAUUCUUUAAGUCAAGAUGUGAUUGCGACUGUAGAGAAGAGUAUGAAAAAAUAUGCUGACAACCUAAUGCGGUUUCUAGAGGGAAUUAGUUCAAGGCUAUCACAAUUGGAAUUAUACUGUUACAAUCUUGACAAAUCUAUUGGAGAAAUGAAAUCUGAUAUAAAUCGUGACCAUGUGGAGCAAGAUUCAAGGCUGAAAUCUCUUGAAAAACAUGUUCAAGAAGUUCACAGGUCUGUACAAAUUUUAAGAGACAAGCAAGAGCUAGCUGAGACACAGAAAGAAUUAGCCAAGCUUCAACUUGCUCAGAAAGAAUCAUCUUCCUCCAGCCAUUCACAGUCCAAUGAGGAGAGGUCGUCACCCACAACAGAUCCUAAAAAAACUGACAACGCAUCUGAUGCAAACAACCAGCAGUUGGCUCUUGCCCUGCCUCAUCAAAUAGCUCCUCAGCCGCAGCCUGCCGCACCCUCAGCUCAGGCUGCUGCAUCAAAUGUGACUCAAGCCCCUCAACAGCCUCCUUAUUACAUUCCACCCACCCCUAUGCCGAAUUCAGCCUUGCCCCAGCACCCCCAGAAUCAGUACUUACCAUCCGAUCAACAAUAUCGAACACCCCAACUUGUGGCUCCACAACCAACACCGUCUCAAGUAACCCCAUCCCCACCUGUGCAACAAUUUUCUCACUAUCAGCAGCCACAACAACAGCAGCAGCCGCCACAGCAGCAGCAACAGCAAUGGUCACAGCAGGUGCAGCCUUCACAGCCACCCCCAAUGCAAUCUCAAGUAAGACCCUCCUCUCCAAAUGUGUACCCUCCGUACCAGCCAAAUCAAGCAACAAACCCAUCACCUGCAGAAACACUGCCAAACAGCAUGGCCAUGCAAAUGCCAUACUCGGGAGUUCCACCACAGGGAUCUAACCGUGCCGAUGCCAUACCUUAUGGAUAUGGAGGAGCUGGAAGAACAGUUCCACAGCAGCCUCCACCCCAGCAGAUGAAGAGCUCUUUUCCUGCACCACCAGGUGAAAUGUAUGGACCUACCGGGUCCCUCCCGGCGCUUCCUCCACCGAGUAGUGCAUACAUGAUGUAUGAUGGUGAGGGAGGAAGAUCACAUCAUCCACCCCAACCUCCUCAUUUUGCUCAACCUGGAUAUCCCCCAACAAGUGCUUCCCUUCAGAACCCCCCACAAGGGCAUAACCUCAUGGUCCGAAAUCCGAACCAGUCACAAUUCGUCCGCAACCAUCCCUACAAUGAGUUGAUUGAGAAACUGGUGAGCAUGGGAUUCAGGGGUGACCAUGUUGCAAGUGUGAUCCAGAGGAUGGAGGAGAGUGGACAGGCCGUUGAUUUCAACUCAGUACUUGACAGGUUGAGCUCUGUGGGUCCUCAGAGAGGAGGAUGGUCAGGGUGAUGAAGAACUUUUCUGAACAGUUACUUUGUCUACCAAACUAAAUAUUCUGUUCAAACCCUCAAAAUCAUUGCGUGUUUUAUUAUGCAUGGAAUAAAAGUUUUUAUGUAAUGUGACGGUUUACCAUCGUAUGUAAAAAAUGUCUUGAGAUGUGAGGAUUAUCUAGUAUUUUUAUGCAGAAAUCACUCGCUCUUUUUCUACUUAUUUUUUAACUUAUAUUUUAAAGAAGUAUAUGUAACUCUA